AUGCUUCCUAGCCUACCGAAAACUCGGUUGAAGCUAGUUAGGUCCUCCGGUCAGUCAAGUGUUGACACCGGAUUAGGUUUGACCUUCCUUCUCAAUGUCCGGAUGAACAUGCAUUCUUUUCUCUACAGUAUGGUAGAGUAUGGUAGACUUAUAACCAAUCCAAUCGGAAACCUUAAUUCGAGAGAUCAAACUAGCAAGGAUAAUAUCGUAAAGUCGGAGAGGAAGAAGAAUGCCAUCAUAGAGGGAUCAGCGUGUAAACUUGAAGGGCUAGGGAACUCCUUUAGCUCAAUAAUGAAAGUUAGGGUCGAUCGGAGGAGGCCUUACCUCUUAGAUGACCCAAGCAAGUCAUUAAGCUAUUGGAUGGAUCCUCCUAACUGUAGUUACUUAAGGUCGAGUAGUAGACGGGUGAGGCCCACAGUUCUAAUAGGUUUUCACUUGAGCUUUCCGCAGCAAAGCAAGUCUACAAGCCACUGCAGUGAGGUUAUAGGUCUGAUUUCUUUCUCGUAUUGA